UAAUUGUUUAACUGUUGAAAGUAAAGUGAUUAAGAUUUUUAUUAAGUCUAUUGUGAAGUAAUGAUCCAUCUUUGUGCUUAUAUAUUUGGUUAAGUAAAGGGCUGCGCAUAAUGAAGGGAAUAGGGAGAGGGAACAGUAUAAUAUUAACAUAUGCAUUGUGCACAUGGCAUACAAAAUAUAGAAUAAAAUUUCAUCACUGUUCCUUAGCGCUAUUCCUCUGUUCGUCUAUUCUGUUUUAAUAAAUUACAUAUGUUAAUAAAUUUCAUUAAUAAAUUUUAUUAAUUUAAUAUUGAACUCUCUGUUCCCUAUUUCCUGUUCCCCCUAUUCCUUUCAUUGUGCACAGCUCCUAACAAGCAAUAGUAAUUUUAGGUUGCUAUUCAAGAAAGUUACAUAAGAUCAUCAUGUCAGAUCAUGAUAAUUAUUGUAAUAAUUUUACAUAUAAAGUCAGUAUUACUGCUCCUGAUAUUGAAGAUUUUUCUGAUGAUCACACCCAAGAUAUCGGAGGUUUUUCUAAUGAUUCGGAAAGUAUUAUUAGUGCAGAAAAAAGUGGCGAUGGAUUUCUUAUAAAAUUAUAUAGAGAACGAUCAUUUUUGUAUGACAAAAGAAAUCCUACUUUUAAGGAUAAAUUAAUGAAACAAAAUGCUUGGAACGAAAUCUCUAAGACAAUGAUUGAAACAAAUUGCGGUGAUUUUUACACACCUGAUUACUGCCGAAGAAGGUGCACUUCAUUAAGAGAGCAAUACAAUCGUGAAAAAAAAAGAAUAGAAAAUCAGUCUAAAAGUGGAAAUGCUGCUCCAAAUUUAACUUCUCGUCAAUUUCCAUUAUAUACUCAAUUGAAAUUCUUGGACCAAGUCAUCAAAAGACGAAAAACGUAUAGUUAUAUAACCAAAUAUCAAUCAGAUGAAACUUUAGUUAACGAAAGUUCAUCAGAAAUAAAAAAUGUUUCAGACAACGUUAACACUUUUUUUUCACGUAAUAAAGAAACUCAAAGUACAAAGCACAAGGAAAUUAUUGAUAUUGAACGUACUUAUGACAAAGAUAUAAUACAUUCUCCAAGACUAAAAAGAAGAAAACUGAAUGAAACUAAAGAGUUGGAACGACCUUUUUUUAAUACAAGCAACAGAAUUAUGAGUUAUAUGAAAACUUCAAAAACAUCUAAAGCAGAUGAUGCAUUUAUGGAAUUUAUAAAAGUACAGUUCAAUAGUAUCCCAGAACAUGAAAAAAAUAUUAGAAGAAAAAUGAUGAUGGAUGCUUUAUCUACACCAUUACCAAAAAUGUAAUUUUUUGUACCGUAAUUUAUCGAUGUUGUUUAAUGCUUUUAAGUGUAUUAUAUUAAUAAUUAUUAUUUCGUUGUUAA